AAUACCAUGGGUGAGAAAAGUGCAACAUGUGCCAAAUAUGACACUACAUGCGACACUACAACUAUAACAUUCAUGAAGUGGUUUUAUAGGCGACGUUCAAGUGGAUGAACUUUUUUUUUUUCCAGUUGCCUCGUGCCGUCAACACUCAGGCUCUGAGCAGCGCCGGACUCCUCCGAAUGGUCAACAAGGCUGCGGACGCUGUGAACAAGAUGACCAUCAAGAUGAAUGAGUCGGAUUCUUGGUUUGAGGAGAAGCAGCAGCAUUUUGAGAACCUGGACAUUCAGCUGAGGAAACUUCACAUCAGUAUAGAGUCUCUGGUCUGUCACAGGAAAGGUAAACGAUCGGGCGGACGCCUGGAACACCAGUCAUAUUAAUCAUACCGACUGUAACGUCUC